AUGGCCACCUCCACCAUGUCUGUCUGCUCUGACGCAUGCACCAACUCCUCCUGGCAGGUGGACGACUGCCCAGAGAGCUGCUGUGAGCCUAGCUGCUGUGCCCCCAGCUGCUGCCAGCCCAGCUGCUGCCAGCCCAGCUGCUGCGAGCCCAGCUGCUGUGCCCCCAGCUGCUGCCAGCCCAGCUGCUGUGCCCCCAGCUGCUGCCAGCCCAGCUGCUGUGCCCCCAGCUGCUGCCAGCCGAGCUGCUGUGUGCCCAGCUGCUGCCAGUCCAGCUCCUGUGCCCCAAGCUGCUGUGCUCCAUCCUCCUGCCUGACCCUUAUCUGCACCCCAGUGAGCUGUGUGCCCAGCCCCUGCUGCCAAUCUGCUUGCAGCAGCUGCUGCACACCCUCAUGCUGCCAACACUCUAGCUGCCAACCAGCUUGCUGCACCUGCUCCCCCUGCCAGCCAUCCUGCUCUAUGACCCUUUGCUGCAAGCCUGUCUGCUGCACACCCAUCUGUUCUGGAUCCUCCCCAUGCUGCCAGCAGUCUAGCUGCCAGCCCUCAUGCUGUCAAUCCUCCUGCUGUGUGCCUGUCUGUUGCAAGCCUGUCUGCUGCACACCCAUCUGUUCUGGAUCCCCAUGCUGCCAGCAGUCUAGCUGCCAGCCCUCAUGCUGUCAAUCCUCCUGCUGUGUGCCUGUCUGCUGCAAGCCUGUCUGCUGCAAGCCCUGCUCCAGCAUGUCCCUGCUCUGCCGCCCUGUGUGCAGACCUGCCUGCUGUCUGCCCACCUCCUCCUGCUGUGCCUCUUCUUGCCAGCCCAGCUGCUGCAAGGCCUGCUCCAGCAUGUCCCUGCUCUGCCGCCCUGCCUGCUCCCGCCAGGCCUGCUGUGGUCUCUGCUCGGGCCAGAAGUCCAGCUGCUGCUGA